GCGAUUACAAAAAGGAUACGGAUGAAUAAAUAUGAAUAUCAAAAACUGAUCUGGACCACAACUUAUUUUUUAUGGGAACAGUAUAGACCGGUUGGGUAAAUAAUCAUGAAAGGAGCUACAAAGCUAUGCAGACUUUGCCUGUCAAUUUUGUUAUUGGCCGCAUAUUCACACACAAAGACAACUACAGUAAAGGAAGGUAAAGUGGCGGAAAUAAUAUGUAAAAAGGCUGGACAAAUUAUAGAAGUGACGUCUGCAGAUUACGGAAAAAGCCCGGGAAAUGAUAACAAAUGUAACGAUCCUAACGCUGAUACAAUUGUCAAAGGGCUGUGUGAUGGAAGAACAAGUUGUUCAGUUCCCGCCUCAAACGCACAGUUUACAAGUACAACAUGCACAGCUAGGGACAAGCAGAAAUUAAAAAUCAAAUAUAAUUGUGUAAAUGCUGAAGCAAAAGUACCCACUGUAAAAAACGGUGAAACACAAACUAUUACAUGCACUGGAGGAUCUUUCAUCUUUAUAACAUCAGCAACCUACAGUUCGGGUUCUUGUUUCUCACCAUCUGCACUUACUAUUGUCCAAGGACUAUGCGACGAUCUAACAACCUGCAGUGUCACGGCCGAUGAUGCUACUUUUCCAGAUUCAACAUGUGACGCCAGUAAGAGUGAAAAAUUGAAAAUCUCAUACGUCUGCCAAAAACCUAGUGGUCCAGUGUAUCAACGUUGGGGGGCCGUUACCUGUCCAACUUCGGCCUCAUUAAUAUAUGCUGGCGUUAUGGGUGGUGCAGACUUUGGUGGUACUGGCUCGGGAUCAAAUUUCCUCUGCUUACCUACAAACCCUAGUACUGCUGGUAGCAACUUUACUUUAGGCAUAGACAAGGGUGCAAUUUUCGGUACACAGCUCAUAACAGACAGCGCUGGACCGUAUAGUAGUUCUCUUGACUCUCUCGAAUUGACAUGCGCUCUAUGUCAGACUAAGUCUGCAGAGACAACGUUUAUGUACCCAGGAUAUCCCGUUUGUCCUGCCGGCUUCAACCUUGAGUACGCUGGUUACUUAGUUUCUGAAAAAGCGACAUCUGGAAGGACUUCAAAGGGUUAUCUUUGCUUGGAUGCUUCCCCGGUUACUAUAGAUAAUAGCUAUUCAGGAGCUGAUACUGCUAAACUUUAUUUGGUGGAAGGAAAAUGUGGGGUACUCCCAUGUCCAAAUUACAUAGAUAAUAAUGAAUUACCUUGUGCUAUUUGUUCAAUGUAAAAAUGUUUAAAAUGGCAUAUGUAGAAAACCGAAAUUUUAACCAUCUUGAUUUGUUUGGUGUAAAAUACAUGAAAAGAAAUGUGUGUUGGUAUCCACAAACAUUGGUGAAUAGUUUUACACAUAAUUACCUGCACGCUAAUUGUGUGAAUGAUGGAUAUACCUGGCUUUCGUGCUUUUAUUUAUUUAUUUAUUUAUUUAUUCAUAUCAAACAUUUGACAACACUUUCAUGUUAACUUUGAAUUUAAAUUGAUUAAAACCUCUUUACUGUUA